AACAUGACUAGGUUUUCAAAAGAAUGGUUUAAUAGAAAACACAUAAAGCUAUAUGAUUACAAUGAAUUUUCUGAACUUAAAGAAGUUAUUGGUAGGGGAGGAUAUGGAAUAGUAUGUAAAACGAUUUUAUGGGGUUGUUCAAGGUUGGUAAUAACAAUUAAAUUUGCAAAUUCCAAUAACUAA